AUGAACGUUCGCCCAGGUGAGGCAGUGUCUCGUGACUACAACAAACUGUCUCAUGUCCACAAAAUAGUGUUUCGUGACUACAACACACUGUCUCAUGUCCACAAAAUAGUGUUUCGUGACGACAACAUACUGUCUCAUGUCCACAAAAUAGUGUUUCGUGACGACAACAUAGUUUCUCAUGUCCACAAAAUAGUGUCUCGUGACAACAACAAACUGUCUCAUGUCAACAAAAUAGUGUCUCGUGACAACAACAUAGUGUCUCAUGUACACAAAAUAGUGUCUCGUGACUACAACAAACUGUCUCAUGUCCACAAAAUAGUGUUUCGUGACGACAACAUACUGUCUCAUGUCCACAAAAUAGUGUUUCGUGACGACAACAUAGUUUGUCAUGUCCACAAAAUAGUGUCUCGUGACAACAACAUAGUGUCUCAUGUCCACAAAAUAGUGUCUCGUGACUACAACAAACUGUCUCAUGUCCACAAAAUAGUGUUUCGUGACGACAACAUACUGUCUCAUGUCCACAAAAUAGUGUUUCGUGACGACAACAUAGUUUGUCAUGUCCACAAAAUAGUGUCUCGUGACAACAACAUAGUGUCUCAUGUCCACAAAAUAGUGUCUCGUGUCUACAGCAUAGUUUCUCAUGUCCACAAAAUAGUGUCUCGUGACUACAACAUACUGUCUCAUGUCCACAAAAUAGUGUCUCGUGACUACAGCAUAGUUUCUCAUGUCCACAAAAUAGUGUCUCGUGACUACAACAUAUUGUCUCAUGUCAACAAAAUAGUGUCUCGUGACAACAACAUAGUGUCUCAUGUACACAAAAUAGUGUCUCGUGACUACAACAAACUGUCUCAUGUCCACAAAAUAGUGUUUCGUGACGACAACAUACUGUCUCAUGUCCACAAAAUAGUGUUUCGUGACGACAACAUAGUUUGUCAUGUCCACAAAAUAGUGUCUCGUGACAACAACAUACUGUCUCAUGUCCACAAAAUAGUGUCUCGUGACUACAACAAACUGUCUCAUGUCCACAAAAUAGUGUCUCGUGACUACAACAACCUGUCUCAUGUCCACAAAAUAGUGUCUCGUGUCUACAACAUAGUUUCUCAUGUACACAAAAAAGUGUCUCGUGACUACAACAAACUGUCUCAUGUCCACAAAAUAGUGUUUCGUGACGACAACACACAGUCUCAUGUCCACAAAAUAGUAUCACGUGACUACAACAUACUGUCUCAUGUCGACAAAAUAGUGUCUCGUGACUACAACAUACUGUCUCAUGUCCACAAAAUAGUGUCUCGUGACUACAACAUAGUGUCUCAUGUACACAAAAUAGUGUCUCGUGACUACAACAUACUUUCUCGUUUGUUUGUACAACAUGUCUCGUGUUCCCGCAUGGUAGUUAAUUACAUUGUAUUCGAGAUGACCUUUAAUAUUAUCAAUUCCAAAAUCCAGAAAGGUUGA